AUUUUGUGUGUGUGUGUUUCAUUGUACAGCACCUUCUAACCUUUGUUUUGAAAUGAACAAAUGACUUCGAUUUGGGCAUAAUGUUGCCUCCGGGAAUCUACUUUAUCGCCAGAGUGGGCACGCUGGGCGUAACACACUUUAAAGACCUACUAGCCUGCCUUUAGCUUUAACGUCAGGCUAACAUCAGGAGCUGGGAAUAUUUCAACAGGUAGAUGUGGUUCACACUGACAAAAUGAAACUUUGGUAACACGCCAUUGGAUCCCAUUCACCAAUCUCACUGAGUUAAAAAGGUGCCUUCCUGGUGCCGUACCUGCUGUUCGUGGUGACAUGUGGCAUGCCCUUGUUCCUGCUGGAGACAGCCAUGGGCCAGUAUACUCAGCAGGGGGGGAUUACCUGCUGGAAGAGGCUGUGCCCACUGGCAGAGGGUAUUGGCUAUGCUGGCCAGCUGAUUCUCUUGUAUAGCUGUAUGUGCUAUAUUAUCAUCCUGGCCUGGGCUCUUCUGUACCUGCUCUUCUCCUUCAGUUCUCAGCUCCCCUGGGCCAGCUGUAUCAACUACUGGAACACUGAUGACUGUGUGGAUUUACGAAAUAUGUCCCUCAACUGGACGCAUCAGGCCAACUCAACCUCUGCUGCCACAGAAUUCUGGGAACGGCGUGUGCUGGCUAUCUCUGGGGGAAUAGAAGAGGUGGGCAGUAUUCGGUGGGAUGUGACGCUGUGCCUUGUCGUUAUGUGGGUCGUUUGUUACUUCUGUGUCUGGAAAGGGGUCAAGUCUACAGGCAAGGUGGUGUAUUUCACAGCAACCUUCCCCUAUGUGAUGCUGUUGAUCUUGCUGGUUCGUGGACUCACUCUGCCUGGUGCUCUACAGGGGGUUGUUUUCUACCUCUACCCCGAGCCCUCCCGGCUAUCCGACCCUCAGGUGUGGAUGGAGGCUGCUUCACAGGUCUUCUUCUCCUACAGUGUUGGGGUGGGCUCCUUAACUGUACUUGGCAGCUUCAACUCUUACAACAACAACUGCUACAAAGACUGCCUGUGGCUUUGCUUGCUGAACAGUUGUACCAGUAUUGUGGCUGGCUUCGCAGUCUUCUCAGUCUUGGGCUUCAUGGCUCAUGAACAGGGCGCCCCUAUUGAAAAAGUGGCAGAAUCCGGGCCUGGCCUGGCAUUUAUAGCAUAUCCUCAGGCUAUAGCCAUGAUGCCCCUGCCACAGCUAUGGGCAGUCUGCUUUUUUAUCAUGAUCAUACUUCUAGGUGUGGAUACACAGUUUGUUGCCAUGGAGGUAGUGAUGACGUCAGUCACAGACGUGUUUCCCAAGAUUUUGCGCAGGGCUGGACGCAGGGAGCUCUUCCUCCUCCUCUUCUGCCUCACCUGCUUCUUAUUACAACUCAUCAUGGUCACAGAGGGGGGGAUGUACGUGUUCCAGCUGUUUGACUACUACGCCUGUAAUGGAACAUGCCUGCUCUUUCUUUCUGUGUUUGAGUCUCUAGCUUUGGGAUGGCUAUUUGGGGCAGAACAGAUGUGUGAUAUUAUCAAAAACAUGACAGGAGUGAGACCUAACAUCAUCUUCAAGCUCUGCUGGCUUUAUCUCACCCCACUGGUCUCACUAGUGUCAUUCAUCUGCUCUUUGGUGGAGUACCAGCCCCUGACCUUCAACCGCUGGUAUGUGUACCCAGCCUGGGUAUAUGUGACUGGCUGGCUGCUAGCCCUCUCCUCCAUCCUGCUAGUGCCUGGAUGGGCUCUGUUCCGGCUUGGGACUGGCCCUGGGUCCCUCCGAGAGCGUUUCUUUCACCUGUGUCAACCUGACCAUGACCUCCCAGUGACCUGGAAGAAGAAGUCUGAGCUCGAGAAAAUGACUCUCGAGCUGAGAAAGGCAUCUUUAUUGGAAGCACGGACAUCUGAAGUUCCCAAACAAUUAUCAGAACUGAUGAUAAAAUUAUGAUUUAUCUUGACUGCCUAUACUACAGUUUCUUAAUUGAUUGUAUCUGUCUCUCUGUCCACCAAGGCUUACAACAUGAAUUCUUAGCUAAUACGUCACAUAAUGUUUUUUACCUGGCAGUCUCCCCCUGCAGUUUCCAUGGCAGCAUAGGAAGUCACAUUCUCAUUCUGUAAUUUGUAAACUCAAAUUAAAUAUUAUUUUACGGGGAACAUCUGAGCCAUCUCAUUUGUCUA